CCAACACAGUCUUUCAGAUCUGCUCUUUUACACAGCUCUUCAUUCCCCAUCCAAACACACAUUCCAAAGACUAAGUUUAUGCAUCUGAAGCCUGCAGCCUGGCUGCCUCAUUACUGCACUCAGGAAAACAGAAUCAGUCUGUACUGUCAGGGUCUGCUGCCAAACCCACUGCUACAGCAGCCUUUCACCUACUUGCAAGUGUGGAGUCCACAUAAGGCUACAAUGGUGGAGAAUGAAAGGGUCAAACAGAAUCCAAAAGAGGAAUUAAAUAUGCCUGAAAGCACCACCAGGAAACACGCAGUUUAGAAUGGCCACUGGCAAACUUGUGGAUGUUAAAAAGCACAGGAAGUUGUUGCUACACCAUGAACAUUUUUAAACUCACCUCCUGUUUCACAUGUUGAAAAGAAUUAACUGGCUAUAUGAAAAAGAUUAACAACUUGUUAGCUCUGCAAUAAACCUUUAAGCUUCCUACAGUAAAUGACCUUGCCCUUUACCAUCAUCAUCAGAAGACAGAAAUGGAAAAGGAAAAAAGACUGUUCUCCUGGUUCAUUUCCUUUCAGGAAACACAUCCUGUAAAUGCUCAACUCUGAAGAGGCUAUACUAAAUGUUUGUUGAUGCUGCCUACGCCCAUGAGGCUCGCUAAAACAGGCACAAAAACAAUGAGAUUUCCUUUUAAUGAAAGAGACAGCGAUAGGUCCUCAUUCUAACAUAACUGCUUUCAAGUAUCCUCACUCAUUUGCUGUUUGGACUACAUAACAUCUGCAAGACAGAAUGGUUUUCUGCAGUCUGCCUGGGUUUCAGUGAAUUCCACAACUAGCAUCCUUCUCCCUACUGCUUCUUGAAACUUGCUUGAACAAUUACAUUUCUAUGUUAAACACUCAGUAGCUAGGCUGCUAUGAAAUCCAAUGUGUUCUGCACUUCCAUCUGACUGGCAUACUACUGACUGCCCAAGGUAUUUUUGGCUCAUCUAUUUCCUGAACCUACAUUUUUAAGGAGAAAAUGAUGCUUUAUUAAAUUUGGUAAAUUCUUCUUUUCUCCUUUGACUACUAUCAUCAGAAAGGAAUGAACCUACAUGCACUUCACCUUACCAUGAUGGAUGACUGCUUGACGGACAAAGCACAGCAGGAAGGUGGAUAAGCAAUAUCACCGACUUAUUAUUCUGGAAUUUCUUUUGGGGAUGGUGGGCCUUUGCAUCUGAUUAGGAAUAUAAUUUUUCAGAACACCACAAUUACAAGAUUCCAAACAAAGAAUGAAUGGAGAUGUGCUCUAGCAAUUACUGAAAUGCUCCAUGUGGAUAUACUGGCAAAUCUUUACAAUGUUAUAAGAGUUAAUCAACAUUCGCCUAAGUCAGAGUGUCAAUAUACAGACACUUGUAACCAACUUCUGUGAACCAAGUAUCAGUAUUGCUAUGACUGUUCAAAAACUUGUUGGUGCAGCAGUAGUGCUGGCCUUUAUUUCACUUAUUCUGAACAACACAGCAGCCUUUACCCAUAACUGGCUCUAUCAAACACUGGAGGAUGGGCGAAAGCGCACUAUUGGGCUAUGGAAGAUGUGCUGGGUAACAGAGAAGGCAAGAGGGUUUAGUGCCACACAACGAGGCACAGAGAAGGAAUGUGAAACUCAAAGCUGGGGAUCAGAAUAUUCUGGGCUGCAGGAAUUUCGUCACACAAGCAAAUUGCAGUUCGACAUGAUGCGUGCCUGUAACAUCAUUGCUACCGUGGCUCUGGCAUCAGGACAGCUAAUCUUUCUAAUGGGACUAGUGAAACUACCAAUAAUUACCACAGAUUCACAGUGGUGGGAGGAAGCCAUAGCUGCUCUAUUUCAACUAGCCAGUUUUGUUUUGGUAAUUGGGUUGGUGACAUUUUACCGAAUCGGACCCUUCUCCUACUUGUCCUGGUCUUGCUACCUUAAUAUUGGAGCCUGCCUUUUGGCCACAAUCUCAGCUGCAAUGCUAAUCUGGAAUAUUCUCCAUAGAAGAGAAGACUGUAUGGCACCACGUAUAAUCGUUAUUAGUAGAACCCUUACUGCACCCUUUAGGAACCACCUAGAAAAUGAAUAUGCUGAGUCACCAUGCUGAGAACUCUCUCAGAAAUUAGGAUUUAAAGACUUUGCUUUACAAAAUAAUUUUAAACUUCAAGAAGCAAAGCAAUCAGUGAUAUUCAAGGAAUCUCGUUUGCAAUUCUUAAACUGUGGAAUGUGCUGCCCAAAGUCUCUAUUAAUUCCUAAAUGCAGUCAAGUGAAAAAGCACCAAAGCAAGAGAAGCACCAUUUGUACAUGUGUUGAAAGAUUUAUUAAAGAGGUUGUUACGUGUACUUCACAAAACACUGAAAGGCCUCUUCAAAACAG